AUUACGAUCACCUGUUUUUGACACAUUCCUUCAAAACAAAUAGAGUAAUUCCUGUCAGUCACCAAUCGUGCCGCAUUUAUGAUUACUAUUCUUGCUAAUUUACAAAAAUGAUACUCUCUCGGGCAAAACCAGCUCUAGGAGCACACGUGGGACAUCAAGCCGCUGCGCAUGCUAACAAGAAAGUACUGCCAAAACUAGAGGAUUUUCUCAACAAGCGUGAUUUUACUGGAGCAAUAACUCUCCUCGAGUUUCAGAGAAACAGCGGCAGUACGAGUGAUGUUACGGACCAGUGGAUUGGAUAUUGUGCCUUUCACCUUGGAGACUACAAACGAGCAUUAAUAGAAUAUGAAAAACUGACUAAACAUCAUAAAAGUCCACAACCAGAGAACUGGAUUAGUUUAGCAUGUUGCUAUUUCUAUCUUGGGAUGUACCCUGAAGCUGAGGAGGCAGCGGAAAAGGCUCCAAAAUCUCCCUUGCGAACAAGGCUGUUUUUCCAUUUGGCGCACAAAUUCAAUGACGAGAAGAGAUUGAUGAUGCACCAUCAGCAGUUAGAGGACGUGAUUGAAGAUCAACUCAGCUUGGCAUCUAUUCAUUACUUACGAUCACAUUACCAAGAAGCAAUUGAUAUCUACAAGCGCAUAUUGUUAGACAACAGGGAAUACCUGGCUCUGAAUGUUUACGUCGCUCUCUGCUAUUACAAGUUAGAUUACUACGAUGUUUCACAAGAAGUUCUAGCUGUUUAUCUCCAACACUAUCCUGAUUCGCCAAUAGCCAUAAAUCUCAAGGCAUGCAAUCACUUCCGUCUGUACAACGGAAAGGCGGCAGAACAAGAGUUAAGAUCUUUACAGGAUGUUACUUCCUCACCACUAACGUUUGCUCAAGAUCUGGUUCGCCAUAACUUAGUUGUCUUCAGGGGCGGAGAAGGAGCAUUGCAAGUUUUGCCUCCAUUAGUUGAUGUCAUUCCAGAAGCAAGGCUCAACCUUGUCAUCUAUUACCUCAAACAGGAUGAAGUUCACGAAGCUUAUGCUCUCCUGAAAGACUUGGAGCCAACAGUACCCCAGGAAUACAUCCUGAAAGGUGUAGUGAAUGCAGCUAUAGGGCAAGAGACUGGAUCACGAGAGAAUUUAAAAGUGGCACAGCAGUACUUCCAGCUUGUUGGUGGAAGCGCCUCUGAGUGCGACACCAUUCCUGGACGUCAAUGUAUGGCAUCCUGCUUUUUCCUCCUCAAGCAAUUUGAUGAUGUUAUGCUUUAUCUCAACUCUAUCAAGUCAUACUUUUACAAUGAUGAUACUUUCAACUUUAAUUAUUCACAGGCCAAGGCAGCGCUUGGAGAUUACAGAGAAGCGGAGGAAGUUUUUCUUCUUAUUCAAAGUGAAAUCAUCAAAAGUGAUUACGUCUUUCUCUCUUGGCUGGCGAGAUGCUAUAUUAUGAACAGCAAACCAAGAUUAGCAUGGGAACUCUAUCUGAAAAUGGAGACUUCUGCAGAGGCUUUCAGUUUGCUGCAACUCAUCGCUAAUGACUGCUAUAAAAGAAAAAUGGGUCAGUUCUACUAUGCAGCCAUGGCUUUUGAUGUCCUCGAGAGGCUGGAUCCUAAUCCAGAAUACUGGGAAGGGAAGCGUGGGGCCUGUGUUGGAAUGUUUCAGAUGAUUAUCGCUGGAAAGGAGCCCAAAGACUCAUUGGGAGAUUUAAUUCUUCAAUUGUUACGCAACACUGCAAAUCCUCAAGUUGAAGGAAUUAUCAGAGUCAUCAAGAAGUGGGCAAAAGACAACCACAUCCCAGUAUAAAGUGUCUGUCACUGUGGCCUUAUGUCAUGAUGAAACCAGAUUUAAAACUAUUUCAUUUUUCUAUUGGCAUAGUAUGUCGAUGUUUAUCCGAGCCUUACAAUAUAUACUAGGAGUACAAUAGUUUCCGUCCAAAUCUGAAAUUAUUUUUCAUAUGCCCAGAUUUUACAAAGUGUAUUGUUAUACCCAUAUAAUGUGAGUAGGUAUAUUUUAUUUGUUGAAUGUCAGCCU